AUGAUCUUUUGCAGUACAAGGUUUCAUCGGCAUGUUAGUGUAAAGUUACCAGCUAGUAUACGCUGGAGAGAAAAGCUGGCCGGGCAUUACGAAGAAGAUAUUCCUUUUUUUACUCAAGAGGAACUGUCUGCUCCAAAAGCUGUAGAAACAGUGAACCCUCCAAAUAAAGUUCCAAGAGAUGAGUUGUCAAUUCUUCAGGCUUUGAACUCUACAGUUGAAAUAGAUUGGACAGCACCAAGGUAUGAUAUGAUAGACCACCCAAAGGCUGCCCCUUUCCAUCCAGUACCUGUGAAAAAGAAUGAACUCAGUAAGGCGGCAGGGAAAGCUGCUGCCAGAUGGUUUCUUAGUAACAAUAAAAAUGUCAUGAGGUUUAAUGCAGCUGAACCACCAAUAAAGGAGUUUCAUUACAAAAGCUUUGAGCCCGGUUUUAUUGGUGUUGCGUUGAGGCAGCUGAAGCAGCCUGAGAAUUAUGGAAAAGUGAAACAUAUCAUUGCAAAUACAAAAAAUAAAUCUGGCAAUCCAUUGAUACACCCAGACAGAUUUGAAGAAGAAAUCAAGGGCUUCAUUGAACAUAGACAGUAUAAAAAUGCAUUUACAAUGUUCAAAAUAUAUCAGUAUUGCGCUGUAGCAAGUGCUGAAGACCAACCAGAAGGGUUUCGGCCCAUUUCACAAGAAUGUUUCAAUCGUUUGUUGGAUGCGAUGGCACUGCACACAGGCCACGACCCAUUGAGAGUGCCCAAGGAUCCAUCAGAAAUAUACUAUGGAUUCAGGGGCGUUUCACCAUUUUAUGAUGGAAAAAAGUGGAAACAAACAAAUGCUGCCCACUUUGUGUUUGAGAAUAUGCCAGAGAAAAAUGCUUGGGCUUACAACAGUAUGCUUAUGGGAAUGUUGACUCAUAAAGCCUAUGAUGAAGCACAAACGUGGGUCACGGCCAUGAGAGACAAAAAUAUUCCAGUGGAGCUGGAGUGCUACAAUGGAUUGAUUGAUUGCAUACAAGAAAAGAGUGAUUUGGCAUGGGAGAUGGUCAAGAAACUCCUGCAGGAGAUGGCAAAAGCAGAUGUACGACCAAACCUUAUCACUUUCAACAAUGCCCUGAGGGUAUUAGUUAAUUCAAAAGACAAAUUGGUAAUACAGCACAUUGACGAACUCCUUGGAGAAAUGAAAGCCAUGGAUAUAGAACCAAGCCUUGCUACAUGGGAUGCAUGUCUAGUGCAUGUAUACCUGAAAAAAGGUUCUAAAGACAUAGGUUACCUGAAGAAAAUUUUUGACUCUUACAUAAAAGGAAGGCAAUUUUUAAUCAGGGAUCCAGAGGAUUUCCAAUUUUUUACUACUGCAAUGAAUUCUGCAUAUUUGAGCAAUUCUUUGACCCUUGCCAAUGAGAUUAAUGAAACUGUUGAAAUUGGCAAGAAUCACUAUCUGCUUGGGAAUCAAAAGAAUACAAUAAAGUAUUAUUAUUCAUACUUUGAUCUUCUGUUGAAGCAUGAGACAAUAGAUGUGCUGAUGGAAUUUUAUGUCAAGUAUAGCCCAUAUAGAUUUGUGUUAAACGCUUAUGUCGUUGCCAAAUUAUUGACAGCUGUCAAAGACCAACAGAGUGGAUUUCAGCAUAUUUUGAGACUUCUAGAAGAUGCAAGAACUGUUUUUCCCAGAACUUUUGAUGUUCCAUUAUUGGCACUGAAAAUUGUGAAGGACAAAGCCAUGAAAAAAAAUUGCAAUAGCAAAAUGAGAUGGAUCUGUGCCAAUGUUGGCUGGGAGGUUCUUGACUGGUAUGAUAUCGGUAGAUCACAUGGUCUGUACAGUCUUUCAGUAGAACAAAUUGGAAGUGACAUCGUCUCAGAUUGUCUGUUUCUGCUGCUGAACAAUAGCAUGAAAGAUGUUCGCAGAAGUUGGCCUGCCUUACAAAUUGGUAUGGAAGUUCAAGCCCAAACAGGAAAAAAACUGAGGGAAUCUGUUGUAGAGAAGAUGGGCAGGGCAUGCAUUGUGGCAGAGGAGCCAAAAUUUGCAACGGAAUGUUUGGAUUUUAUGUACAACAAUAAGUGCUUAGGGACGGCAAAAAUGGCAGAAGCUGUCCUGGAACUGCGCAAAGAGGAAGAUGAUGAUGAAUUCCCUCCCAAAGAAAAGGAGAAAGUACAGGCCAUUUUGAAGCAAACAAAGCAAUGGACACAUGCUUCCAGACAUCUGUUGAACGAAUCUGAAAAGGGAGUAAAGAAACAGGAAUAUAGAUUGAAAUGACCAUUUUAUGACUAUUCCAUACAACUGAGGUGGAAUGAUGUGGUGGAAGUGCAUCCUGAUAAAGUCAGAGUACUAAAGGGAGUAACCAUUAAUAAGAAUUUUUUACUUCAGAACUUUGACUUGUUUAUCCAGUUAUCUUCAUGGCUCACCAUGAAAAGUUUCAGAGACAGGUGUGAAUGUCAUAUCUGCAUUAAAGCAAGGAAAAAGUGUGUUAUACAUUACACGAGAUUGGCCAUGUUUUUAUUCAGAAGCGCUCUUAACCUUAAGGGUUCUUAUAAACCUCUUCCUUUUAGAGGCUCAAAAUGACAAAAACUGUAGAAUACUUAAAAGGGGGGUUUAUUGAAGGAAAGGUUAAACAUUUGGAAAGAACAAGCUUUAGUCUCAGACAAUGUAAAAAAUCAGUCAAAUAAAUAACAUUUUGUAAAACUUGAAA